AUGCUUUUUCUUGUAAUUUCUGGAAAUAUUGAUAUCGUUGUCAAGGACAGGAACGAUCUGCUACAGAAAGAACUGGAUCUUAUGUUAGGAAGUGAUAUUGUGCUGAGUGACAGUGAAGAGAAAGCAAAUGAAAUAUUUAUGGAAUUAAAAACACAAGAGUUAGAAUAUGGAUUUAGAAAUCCGCAGUAUUACAAUUAUUCAAAGCAUUUCUUUGAAUUUAACACCGAGAUAGUGAAUUCGGAAUUAUUUAAACUCAUUCAAAAGAUGCCAAAAGGUGCACUACUUCAUGCUCAUGAUACUGGAUUACUCAAAGCUGAUUAUGUUUUAAAUUUGACAUACUGCGACUAUUUGUACGUUUGCUUCCAGGAAAAUAAUGUAAAUUUUCUAUUUUCGGAAGAUAGACCAACUACUUUUUGUGGAACCCAAUGGGAACUGGUUAAAGAUAAAAGAUAUUCUUCCAGUGGAGCGGAAAAGUUUGAUAAUGAAUUAAAAAAAUAUUUUACACUCGUGACCGAUAACCCUAAAGAGGUUUAUAAUAAUAUCAAUGUCGUCUGGAAUAAAUUUCAGAACUAUUUUAUUAACACUGCGGGCUUAUUUUCUUACAAACCUGUAUGGGAACAAUAUUUUUAUGACACGUUAAAAGCUGCAAGGGAUGACAACAUAAUGUAUCUAGAAAUACGUAGUGUUUUGCCUCCACUGUAUGAUUUAAAGGGUAAUGUAUUUGAUUCAAUAGCAACUGCAGAAUCUUAUAAGAAAAUUCUCGAUAAGUUUAAGACAGAUUUUCCCGAUUUUUUUGGUGCUAAAUUAAUUUAUGCUCCGUCAAGGUUAGUUAAUGUUGAAGUUGUAAAGAACUACGUGGAAAUCGCAAAAGAAAUCAGAAGGAAAAUGCCACAUUUUCUUGCUGGUUUUGAUUUAGUUGGACAAGAAGAUUUAGGGGGACCAAUUAAGGACUUCUUGGCUGAAUUAAUUAAAUCAUCUGAUGAAAUCAACUACUUUUUCCAUGCGGGGGAAACUAAUUGGUAUGGAACGAGUUCUGAUGAGAAUUUAGCAGAUGCAAUAGUUCUUGGAGCUCGACGUAUUGGUCAUGCGUUUGCUAUAGUUAAGCACCCUUUACUGUUAGAAGAAGUAAAAAAGAAGAACAUCGCUUUGGAAGUUAAUGUUAUAUCAAAUGCGGUUCUUAAACUUGUCGAAGACGUUAGGAAUCAUCCUUUGGCAUCAUUAUUAGCUCAAAACAUGCCCGUAGUAAUAUCCAGCGAUGAUCCAGGUGUAUGGGACGCUGAGAUUUUGUCGCAUGAUUUUUACGUUACUUUCAUGGGUGUUGCCAGUAAACAUGCUGAUCUAAGACUUUUGAAGAAGUUAGCAUUAAAUUCAUUGUUUUAUAGCGAAAUUUCUAACAAAGAUAAAGCUUUACAUGAAUUUGAUAUACGCUGGACGAAAUUCAUAGACAGCAUCGUAAAGGAUAAGUGGUAA